AUGUCUCGCCGAACGUCGAACCUGUCGUCGGGCUCGGACCAGGGCACAGGCGGUGUGACUGGAGAUUCAAGCCAAGAAAAGCAGAAGAAGCUUUUGCAAGCCGACACUGGGCAUUUCAACAUGGUUAGAACUCUUCACCUUGCGGAUUUGAUAACGGAGCUUAAUGGCUUCUGCGGGUUUAUGUCGGUCCUUUCGUCGAUGCGCUAUUUGACGAACCCGGAGGAUAAUGCGCCAUUGUGGGCAGCACUUAUUUUUAUGCCAUUCGGUCUUUUCUUUGAUUUCAUGGACGGGCGGGUCGCCAGAUGGCGAAAGAAGUCAUCUUUGAUGGGGCAAGAGCUAGACUCUUUGGCAGACCUGAUCUCUUUUGGAGUCGCCCCCGCUUCUGUCGCAUUUGCCAUUGGCAUCCGCUCCCCGGUUGAUCACCUCUUGCUUAGCUUUUUCGUCCUUUGCGGACUGACGAGAUUGGCGCGAUUCAACGUCACGGUCGCUGUUCUGCCGAAAGACAAGACAGGAAAAUCCACCCACUUUGAAGGAACCCCGAUACCUACAUCCCUUUCGAUUGCAAGUCUCAUGGCAUACUGGGUCUCACAGGGAUGGACUCAUGAAAAUUUGCCCUUUGGGCUGGCUGCGCAGGAUACGAUUUUCGAGUUUCACCCUGUCGCACUGCUAUUCGUUCUUUGGGGCUGCCUUAUGCCCUAG